UCGGCGCUUUGACCGCCUGGGGGUCGCGACCAAGAUGUACCAAUGGUGGAAAACCGGGGCGACGUUGUUGGUCGGAGCCGGUAUCGGAACUUUCGUGACACGUUUGGCUGCAGGUGGAGGCGCGGAACGGACCCAGGAGUGUGAGGGGCUACUGAGAACGCUGCCGGUGCUUCCGGUGCCGGCGGUUCACGCCUCCGAGCUGACGGUGAGUUCGGGCACAGCUGUGAUGAAGUAUGGCUUCCCGUCACUUGCCAACAUCAAAUCCAGGGAAUCGUAUGUCACCUCUUACGACCCGCGGACCAGAACCCCAUCCUGGGUUGUGGAGAAGCUAAACUCUGCGUCGCUAUUGGGAAACUCUGACAGAAAGCUGUGCGAGUUUAAAGAGGAUGACAGCAUUCACGUGUUCCACCGGGCCACUAACUCAGACUUCAAAGGCAGUGGCUUCGAUAGAGGUCAUCUGGCUGCAGCUGCAAAUCACAAAUGGAGUCAGAAAGCAAUGGCAGACACCUUCUAUCUGAGCAACAUUACUCCACAGAACCCUCACCUGAACCAGAAUUCAUGGAACAACCUGGAGAAGCUGUGUCGCUCACUCACGAAAAGUUACCUCAACGUGUACGUGUGCACGGGACCACUCUAUCUGCCCAGCGUUUUCUUCAGGCAGGAGGCAGACGGAAAACUCUACGUACACUACCAAGUGCUUGGUCGGAACCACGUUGCCGUGCCAACACAUUUCUUCAAGGUGCUGAUCCUGGAGCGGCCGGGCGGUCAAGGGGUGGAGCUCCGUUCGUACCUGUUGCCAAACGCACCAGUGGAUGAGAAGAUUCCUCUGGAGCACUUUUUGGUUCCCAUUGAAACCAUUGAGAGGGCAUCUGGACUUCUGUUUGUCCCAAACAUCAUGAAGCGGAGUGGCUCUCUCCAGUCCAUCUCUGCCAGACCACAGUGACAAGAACCUUGCAACAGACACUCUUGGAACACUCAAAUGGCACAGAAAACACAUUUAUUGAUACAAGGGACCCAAAAGCGCGCUUUUCAACUGUAUAACCAGUAGGUGGCGACCAAACUCCAAUCUUAAGUGAAAUAAAGUUCGUUUUCACAUUA